AUGAUAUCCUCCGACGGACUGGCAAAAAUCACUGCCAUAGGCGGCGCCUUCUGGCUGUCUGGAAAGAUUUCCGCCUACAGCUUAGUCGCAUUGCCGGCAAUGCUUCUAGCCAAAUCUGAGGAUGAUGUAUCUUCUGACGCAAUCUUGAAAGUGUGGCGGCGACUAUAUGAAUAUGGCCACGCCUACGGCCCGAAGCUGGCCGCUGUUACUUCCACUGCUUUUGCAUACCUGGCAUGGUCUGCUAGCGGUACGCGCGCUAUUUCACGUACUCCGAUGAUUAUGCACACCGCUGCUGCAUCACUGGUUCUUGGAAUUGUUCCCUAUACGAUUAUCUUUAUCAGCCCCACCAAUGAUCGGCUUUCAGCCAGGGCUGCCCGCAUAGAUGACUUGAAGGCUGCCUCUUCGAGCCAAUCAGAUGAGAAGAGCGAUGAACAGCUCCUCAACCGUUGGGUGGUGCUGAAUGGUAUCAGAGGCUUGCUGCCCUUGGCGGGCGGUGCUCUGGGUCUCUUGACCGCUAUCAACUGA